AAAAAAAAACGUUUCUGAUCACUGCAUUCUAAGCAGAAGUGCGGCAGACGCCAGACACACGCUCAUUCAACAACAAUGGUCUCAUUCACGGUCGUAGGUCCCGUCCUGUUGAUGUGGUCUUGCCACUUUCAGACAAGUUGGUCCAAUGUGACGACUGAAUCCAUGACUGAAACAACUGACGAAGAUAUCACAUUUGAUUAUUCCAAAUUUGAGACGGUGUGUGAGAAAAAAUCCAAUCGAAACUUCAGAUCAUGGUUCCUACCAACCAUCUACAGCAUCAUCUGCAUCCUGGCUCUCCUAGGAAACUUCCUGGUCAUCCUGACUUAUGUCUAUUUCAAGCGGAUUAAGACAAUGACAGACAUCUUCCUGCUGAACCUAGCUGUAGCUGACCUGCUCUUCGCGGUAUCGUUGCCCUUCUGGGCCACCAGCAUCAUUACUGACUGGCUACUUGGAAGGCCUCUGUGCAAGAUGAUGUAUGCCAUCUACAAGAUCACCUUUAUCAGUGGCAUGUUCUUGUUGGCCUGCAUCAGCGUGGAUAGGUACUUCUCCAUCACCAAAGCUGUCUCCGCCCACCGCUGUCGUUCCAAUGCCAUUCACUAUGGACGCAUAUGUUCUCUGGUCACUUGGGUGGUUGCUGUGUUAUUCUCCUUGCCUGAGAUCAUUUACUCCGAUGUCAACUCCAACAACACCUGCGUGGCGUAUAUCAACGGGAAUCAGGAAGUCCGCUUCUCCAUGGUGGUCACUCAGAUGGCGCUGGGCUUUAUCGUGCCGGCACUCGUGAUGGUCUUCUGUUACAGCUGUAUCAUUAAAACCCUCAUUCAAGCCAGGAACUUUGAGAGAAAUAAAGCCCUAAAGGUGAUCUUUGCCGUCGUGGCCGUGUUCAUCCUCAGCCAGCUGCCGUAUAACGUGGUGAUGGGACUGAGCACUAACAAAACCACGGAGUGUAACUACGAUAAUGGGCUCCUUUAUGCCAUGGAUAUAUGCCAAGGCAUCGCUUUCCUGCGCUGCUGUGUGAACCCCUUCCUGUACGCUUUCAUUGGAGUGAAGUUUCGCAAUGAUCUGCUUAAACUGUUCAAGGUUCUGGGCUUCUCGACUCCCAGACAUGUCAUAUACUCCGGUAAGAGAAAAUCCUCUGCCGGGCUCGAAACUGACACCACUUCAUUUUCCCCAUGAGCCAGUGACUUUUCAUUCUUUUAAUAUAUUUGCUUUAUUGCUUCUAUAUUAACAAUUGUGGUAAAUUCUGUACAUUAAUUCUUUCCUUUUUUCCAUUAUGUGCUUACUUAACAUUUUUUUCUUAACUACUAUAUUAAAAAAAAAAAUCAGACUUUUUCAACUCUUAUCUUCUACAUGAAGUGCAUUAUUAUGUGUAUAAAUAAGAACACAUGUCUCUGUCCCAAUAUUUUACAAUGUUGAAAAUACAGAAUAAACAUCUUUUGAACCAAA